AAGAGGAGUUUUGAUGCCAAACAAAUUCAGUCCACUUCUCCUACUUCAGGCCUAUCCUGUAAAAAGAAUAGAAAAUUCCCACAAAAUGAAGACCUUCGCCAUCAUUGCCUUCUGCAUUGUCGCCUGCUCCGCCGGAGUGGUUGAACACCAGCCCUGUGGUGGCGCUGGCGAGGUUCGCGAGGUAAGGAUCGAAAAUUGUCAAGGCCCCAUCGCCCACAUGGUCGUGGGAACCGCGUAUCCCUCCGAGGCUGACAUUAUUCCCGCCGAGGCCGCGGCAGAGCUCCGUCUCAAGAUCUCGACCGUCUUCAUGGGGCAAACUGUGGUCAUCAUUGACAGUACGCUUCCAAACUCGUCCGUUGUUCCGGGUUCCCAAUACACGAUCCGGUGGUCCAUCACACCCUCCAGCCUCCUCGUGGGGAACACUGCUCCCGUCAGUGCUGAAGUGUUCAACGAGGCUACCCAGGCACUCAUGCUCUGUGGCAGGGUUACCGUGUCCGUAACGGCUGCUUAAGUCUCCCACCAUAACUACUUAAAUAGCAGGACAUACGCAAAAUUUAUUAAUUGCAAUGUUAAAUUUAUCGAUGCAAGUAUAAUUCAAUAAAAUUAGGAAAAUACUAAUUAACCCAUUCGCUCCCACAAA